AUGAACCACCUUCCUCUUAUCUGUCGUAGGUACGUCUCUGCGGCACCGAAGACGACCACAGGCAUCGAGCAUGCCAAGGCAAUGACGAAAAUUGCUGGUGGAAAUGCUAACUGGAGUUUGUACAAAGCAGAUGAUUAUUUGAAGAUGAGCAAGUACUCCUUCUAUGAUGCAGAGAUUACCAUGGCAAAGCAUCGCCUCCAACAACCAACAAACAAAUCUCCAGAUGUCAUGCCAAAGACGAAAUCUCAAUAG